CUGCAUGGGCCUUUACUGCUAGCCAUCUAGAGCUUUUUCGACAUGGAGACUAUCAAUGGACGAACGCAAUCAAUAUAAAGCCGACCAGUCCUGCACGCGUGGUUUGAUUUCAGUCACCUGCAUGGGCACUGUAUGUGGACGAAGAAUGACGCAAGGUGUAUUGCAUACACAGCAUCCGUAUCGAUUUCUGCAUGUUUCUCGAGGAUUCAAGUUCAGAACACCAUGUUCCUGCCAAUCUUCCGGUAUUCCCUGCCAGUUCCCGCCAUCGUGCCGCAAAGCUUAUCUAGCUCCGCUUAGCCCCGCCGACGUCACCCUGUUGGGAUGCGACCACAUCCAUGAUCCAUCCCUUCGUCACUCCGGAGUCAUCAUCACCAUCGUUAAUCAGAGGAUAUAUUAAGCAUUCUGUCCAAUCUUCCGCCAUGGUUCUUUCUUUUCUCGACAGCAUUGUUCACUACCAAGAUCCCAAUUCGCCGCAACUCUCCAGCCUUGCC